UGCGAUAGUUGAGCUAGCCUGGGACGGGUACAUCGCCCUGGUGACGAGGCUGCAUACAAAGCCCGGGAAAAAAGAACAUGGCGGCGGAAACGAUGAAGGAAGACGCAAAGGUCCAACCCUUGGUAAUAUUUUACGAUAGUGAAGCCGCUAACGGGAAUGUUUACCGUGGAGACAUCAUCGAAAUUGCUGCCAAGUGCCACCCUGAUGUAGUGAAAGGCUCUUUUCAGUCACUGAUAAACACGAAACAGCCGCUUUGUGCUUUCGCAACCAGAGAAUGUGCAAUUUCAGAGGAAGACCUCAGAAACAAGCCUUACUUCAAAGAGGUGGUGAUGAAGUUUGUCUCUUGGAUAGAUGGCAUGGUUAAGCUAGCAAAGAAAAAGCAUGGGAAGUCAUUUUUCCCAGUGUUGUGUGCACACUAUGGCUAUCAAUUUGACUUCUUGAUUUUACUGAGCAGCAUGGAGAGAUCUGGACUCCAUCACUCUAUUCUGACGCAACACAAUGUUCAUUUCGCAGAUAGCUUGUUGUUCUGUAGAGAGUUGAAAGACAAUGGGGAAAAGCUGUUGGACAAUACAAGACUUUCACUUGACGCACUAUUUAAGAAAUUCUUUCCAAAGAAAAUUUUGGCAGACAGGCACAGAGCCAUGGGUGAUGUGGAUGGAAUGGUAAAGAUCUUUACUCAGACACCACUAAGAAAACUGCUACAUCGUAUGAAGUAUUCAUCUACCAAAGAAAGAUUGGAGUACUACAUUUCUCAGAAUGGAUCUAAACAGCAACAAGCUAUUUUGGAAGAGAAAUUUCACAAAUUGGAUGCUUGCAGUAAGAAUAUGUCCAUCAAGAAACUGCUGAAGGAAGGUGUGACUUAUAACACUCUAAGGAAGAUCUUUGAAGAGUGCUGCUCAUUCUUAGAUUUCUAUGAAACUAUGAAAACCUAUGGCAUUGAAAGGAAAGUGUCAAAGGUCAUGGCAUUGCAUUUCAGUGGACAAGGUUUUGAAAAUCAAGGUGCUAGAGAGCUGUCAAGACUUUAUGAAGAAAAGCCAACAACACAAGUGUCAUCGGAAAAUCAAGAGAAUGGCAAGGUUUUGCAGCCUGAUAAUCCUGCACACAAACCGCAACCAAUGAUGUCUGCCGCAAAUAACCUACCAGUUGCUAAGUCAUCUAACCAGGCUGAGGCUGGCGAGGAUUGGGAGAAUGAGGUAGCAACAGCUGCACCUCGGACAGACUUCACCCUGAAGUGCACAACUCCCACACCCCUCAGCAUGGAUGUUGAAGACAUUUCGUCUACACAGUGGCUUAAGACAACGCGCAGCGAGAGUCCAAAAGGGAAACCCCAAGCUGCAAUUGCCCAUUCCCAUUCUCAGAAGCAUGACGGUAGAAAUGGUGAAGUCACCAGUAAGAGACUUCAGGGAAAAGCCAGGAAAGCUGUCGUCAGAGACCGAUCUUCAAAUUCAACGUCGAGUGCACCAAAGCAGUUUAGCGAAAAGAGUGGCAAACUUAAGAGACCAUUCAAAGAAAGUAAACAAGAGGGAAGGAUGAAAAAGGAGCCCAUAUCUUCAAAAAGAGGGAGCAAAAAUGAAUCUAGUAAGAAGAAAACACCUAAAUCAAAAGACACCUCUGAGGGACAUUCAGAUGAGAAGACUACUGAAACAUCAGUUGGCAGUGUCUCUUCAGAAGGAAUUAAACNUCAAACACUGUCUUUCAUAUACAAGGGAAGUAAUACAUACUAUAACCAGCAAAAAUCAUGGCUUCUUUGA